UCGUGCAUGUAAAAUGAAAUAUAUGUAAAUAUUUUGUAUAUAAUUAUCUGUGCCUGUGUCGUCGUCCUGCAAAUAAAAAAAGAUGACAAAAAAUGAGAACACUUGGAUUAAUGAUUUCAUGAAUUAUGUGAUCUAAUUCACCUUGGAAUACCUCGAUUCUGUUUCAUUUAGAAGAUCCCGGAAUGACACGGAUUUUAGGCUUCAUGGAUUCUUCCAAACCACAUGGCAAGAUCCUCGGCUGAAAUUUAAUGGGACCACACUGAGGAAUAGCGAGUGUGCUAGAUAUAUCUGGAUUCCUCACGUCAUUUUUAGGGCAGUGGAGAGCAAAGACACACCCGACAUUCGGGAGAAUCUUCUACGCAUCGAAGGAAAUGUAGUCAAAUAUUCACAAAGGUACAGUUUCCGAGUAGGAUGCAAAAUGAAUUUCAAAGACUAUCCGUUUGACACUCAACUUUGUGAAUUUCCUAUAAUACUUAUGGAUUCUCAUUUCUUUAAUGUGACUCUUAAAUGGCGUAUUGAAUAUGAUGCAGAAAGCCUCUGCUUCAUCGAGGAUAACAAACCACUUCAAUUUUUCUUCAGCAAACCCGUUGCAUUGACAAAGAAAGAAGGAUUAGCCAUCCGAUUUGUAUUUGUGCGCCAACUGAUGGGAAGCUUCAUCAACAUCUUCAUGCCCUCCACUCUAAUUGUCACCGUGAGUUGGGUGUCCUUUUGGAUUCGAGUGGAAGCAGCACCCGCCCGGGUGGCUCUCAGUGUGACUUCUCUUCUCACCCUUUGUACACAAAUUCAGAAUCAUAGGUCCUUGCUUCCUCCAUUGAAUUAUAUCAUUGCUUUGGAUAUAUGGCUGUUUGUUUGCAUAUUUAUGGUUUUUGCUAACUUGGUAGAGUUUGCCAUUUCAUAUAACAGUUAUGUAAUAAAGAGGGUCAAUUCAUUUCGAGACCCAAAAGAAAACGGUUCUGCUCAGAGGAAAGCAUGGAUUGUGAAUGUCGACGAAGACGGCACAACCUCUGAAACAAUCUCACAGUCUUCUAAGUUUCAACAGUAUCAGGGAUGGCUUUGUGACUCGUCUUGUGGCGAUGUGACCAGGAUAGAUCUAGCCUGUAGGAUGCUAUUUCCAUUGACGUUUUCAGUGUUCUCUGUUGCAUAUUGGUGGCACUACUUAACUAUCUACAAUUAUCAGAAAAUAUGGUAGGACGUCUGAAAAACUUAUUCCUUGAUCUUCAUAGAUCUCAUUAUUUUCGAAGUCAAUAAAUAGCUCGGUCUCAAUGAUCUAGGAAAUUCUGUAAUUAUGUAUUUAAGUGAUCUCCAGUUUUGGGAACAUUUGAAUAUAAUUAGCUAUCA